AUGAUUAAAUCAAUCACAGAAUUCACUGAUAACGAUGAAGCAAUGUCAAGAACAAGAAAAUUAGUUGAUUAUAUUAGAACUACAAAACCAACAGAAAUCCUUGUCAUUCUACAACAACAUGAAAAAAUAGUUAGUAUGGGAGAAACAAUUAGUAAACAACUUGAACUAAUUGAUUUGUAUUUGAAAGGAAUUGGUAAAGAGUCAAGUUAUACUCUCAUGACAUAUCAAGAGAAACAAACAGAAAAAAUAAUUUGUCAAGGAAAGUCAUUUGAUAAUUUUAUUGAAAUAAUAAAACAAAGCAUUCAAGUUUAUCCAGAACAAAGGUUCUUUAGUUACAUUUUUCCAACUAUUCAAUUUACACUAACAAAAAUACCCCCCUAA